CAAAAGCAUUUGAUAUUCUAAGUUCUUUCGUUCCACCAACGAGUCAGUGACUGCUGUCUCAUGUGAUUUGCUUUAUAUUUUGUCGUUUCUCGGUUGUGAUAAAACCGAGGCUUUGCCAAAACCUUUGCUCUGGUUCAGUUCUGUUGUGUUGCAACUGAACCAAUCAACCCCUCUUUUAUCCAAAUUUUCGUCACUAUUAUAAUCCUAAAAUUCGAAAGCGAAAACCUUUAAGUAAAAACCAAAAAAAUGGUAAUGUGGGUAUUUGGGUAUGGUUCCUUGAUCUCGAAAGCUGGGUUUCACUAUGAUGAACGUGUUAUUGGUUUCAUCAAAGGCUAUCGACGUGUCUUCUACCAAGGCUCUACUGACCACAGAGGGACCCCUGAGUUCCCUGGAAGAACAGUGACCCUGGAGCCUGCUGAAGGAGAAAUAUGUUGGGGAGCUGCUUACAAGAUCUCAAAGGAAGAAGAUGCAGAAACUGCAUUAACGUAUCUGGAAGUAAGGGAGAAGCAAUACGACAAAAAGGAAUACCUUGAUUUUUAUACUGACCUUACUGCUACAUCUCCAGCGGUUUCCGGAGUGAUGGUAUAUAUAGCAACUGCAGACAAGAAAGCUAAUGUAAAUUAUUUGGGCCCUGCAUCUGAUGAACAGAUUGCGAGGCAAAUAAUUAAGUCUGAAGGUCCUGCAGGACCCAACAGAGAUUAUCUUUUCAAUCUUGAAAAGGCUCUUCUUCAAAUAGGAUGCAAAGACAAACAUGUCAUUGAUCUCGCAAACGAAGUGCGGCGUAUUCUCGAAGAGGAACAAUGAAUGCUUCAUUCUGAUGCAGCGUUGAACUAUCUAUUAAAUCCUUUGGAAACUUCGGCUCUUCCAAAAGUGUUCUUGGGAAGAUAAUAUUCAGGUUUAGUUGUGCCUGUAAUCUUGUCAUAUAACAUCUUGUCUUAAUUGCUACAAAAUUAAACUUUAUAUGGAAAACUUAUUACUAUAAAAUUACAGUAACUUUAUUAACAACUA